AUGUCCGCAACGGCUUCUGGCUCUGAUGCCAGGGCAAAUGGCUCGGCGACUUCACGAGACCACAAUCAGGGCAAUCAAGACAGAAAGUAUACCCCCCAGCAGAAGGCCGAAGUAAUACGGAUACGGAAAUGCAACCCCACGGCAUUCUAUGAGAUUCUUGCGAUCGAGAAAACGGCGAGCGAUGGAGAGAUCAAGAAGGCCUACCGAAAAAUAAGUUUGUUGACGCACCCCGAUAAAAAUGGAUAUGAAGGCGCCGAUGAGGCAUUCAAGAUGGUCUCGCGCGCAUUUCAAAUACUGUCGGACGCCGACAAGAAAGCAAGAUACGAUCAAUUUGGAGGUGACCCUGAUAAUCGCUUUUCCAGUAGCGGUGCUGCCGGCGCUGGUGCCAGCCCCUUCAGCGGCUUCGCGCGAUCUCCUGGAAGAGGGCCUAUGUACGAAGAUGAGAUCUCACCGGAAGAACUAUUCAACCGGUUCUUUGGUGGAGGCAUGGGUCCAGGUUUCCAGUUUGGCGGUGGAAUUGGAGGACCACAAUUUGUCUUUAAUAUGGGAGGCGGUCCGGGAUUUACAGUACAUCGUAUGGGAGGCCCAACACCGAGGCGAAGGCCACGAGAAGCUAACGCAGAAUCCACGCCGAGUGGAUUGUCCGCGCUAACCCAACUGCUUCCAUUGUUACUCCUGUUUAUUCUACCUUUGCUGUCUUCACUUUUCUCCGGCACGACCCCCUCCGGCCCUCAAGUCCGAUUUGAUUCACCGGUUCCGCCACAUACGAUGCAUCGGGUCACCCCCAGAUAUAAAAUUGAUUAUUUUAUCAAUCCUGCGGAGGUGGACGGAUGGAAAGCCAGGCAGUUUUCUUCGUUGGAUCAGCGGGCGGAAGUGGACUAUGUAUCAACGCUCAGAUAUCAGUGUGAGACGGAGGUACAGCGAAAGCGUCAAGAAAUCAACGACGCCACCGGGUUCUUCUACACGGACGAGAAGAGAUUGAAGAGAGCAAGGAAUAUGCCGAUGCCUGGCUGUCAGCGGUUGGAUGAAUUGAAAGUCAGUCGACAGUUCUGA